GAAUCAAUUAAGGCGCCACCGUUGAGUGAAAUUCCUGGAAAGUGUGCACAAGCUCGAUCAAUCAUAUUAAUGAUUCUCAAUAACCUCGAUGAUGAAGUGGCUCAAUUCCCGCAAGAGUUGGUUAUUUACGGUGGAAAUGGACAGAUAUUCUCAAACUGGAUCCAGUUUCGCUUAGUAUUAUACUACCUGUCGAUAAUGGACGAAGAACAAACAUUAGCGUUAUACUCAGGUCAUCCAAUGGGACUAUUCCCCUCACAUCCGAAUGCACCUCGCGUUGUCAUCACCAACGGAAUGAUGAUACCGAAUUAUUCAACAAAAGAAUUGUAUGAUAAGUUCUUUGCAAUGGGUGUCACACAGUUCGGACAAAUGACUGCUGGCAGUUAUUCGUAUAUUGGACCGCAGGGCAUUGUUCAUGGCACCACGAUAACGUUGAUGAAUGCUGGUCGUAAAUACCUGGGACUGGAAAAUCUUUCGGGUAAAAUCUUCGUGACCUCAGGACUGGGCGGCAUGAGUGGAGCACAGGCGAAGGCGGCUCAUAUUGCUGGAUGUGUGGGCGUUAUUGCGGAAAGUAAUUUUUCGAUUCCAAUUUUAAAAUGUUGUUCAAAAUUUCAUGUGUGUGAAACAGCACUUCGAAAGAGGCAUGCACAAGGGUGGCUGGAUGUUUUCAGCGAUAAUCUGGAUGAAGUCAUCAAACUCAUCAAGCAAAAUCGUGAUACUAAACACGGAAUCAGUAUUGGAUAUUUAGGGAAUGUUGUUGAUCUUUGGGAGCGUUUGGUUGAAGAGGAAGAUUUAUCGAUCGAACUGGGAUCUGAUCAGACAUCACUUCAUAAUCCAUUCAACGGUGGGUAUUAUCCUGUCGGUAUUAGUUUCGAUGAAGCGAACAAAAUGAUGGUCGACGAUCCAGUACAAUUCAAACAGCUCGUUCAGAAAAGUUUGUUGCGACAAAUCGCAGCAAUCGAUGCACUCGCGAAGAGAGGACUCCAUUUCUGGGACUAUGGAAACGCGUUUUUGGUUGAAUGUGCACGAGCUGGUGCUGAUGUUCUUCAACCGAAUGCUAUCGACGACAAAGCUUUCAAAUAUCCGUCGUACAUUCAAGAAUUCAUGGGUCGUGAUCAUCAUGACGUUAGCGGUACAGACAGUCCAUUCCGAGAGACGGCGAAUAUAGUCGACGGUUCAGCAUUCACAGCCGAUAUGGCUAUACAGAACGUAAUCGGCGAUUCAUUCCGAGGUGCUACAUGGGUGUCAAUUCACAACGGCGGUGGUACUGGUUGGGGAGAUGCUAUGAAUGGCGGUUUUGGUAUGUUACUCGAUGGAAGCAAGGAAGCAGCGCACAGAGCAGAAAUGAUGCUGAAUUGGGAUGUAUCAAAUGGAGUGGCAAGACGUUGUUGGUCUGGUAAUGAUUUUGCUCAUGAAACAAUAAAAAGGACAAUGCAACAAGUGCCUGGAUUGGUGAUCACUUUGCCGAAUCAAGUCGACAGUAAACAUCUUGAGGAUGUCUUAUGA